UGGAAAAAUAACAAAAAUAACAAAACUUUCGAAAAAGAAUAUAAACAAUUCAGAAACCAAGUAAAUAAACAAAUAAUAAAUGCAAAAAACAAUUAUUACCGUCAAAAAUUUAUAGAAAAUAGAAAUGAUAUGCGCAUUACAUGGCAAAUUAUAAACGAAAUUAUCGGGAAAAAAUCAACAAAUAUUGAUGACAUGAUAAUUAAAAACUUUAAUGAGGUGUCAUUGCAUAAUAUUACAAACUCUUUUGCAAAAAGCUUUGAUGAAAAUAUUAAUGACAACAAUAAUAACAACAAAAGAACAGGCAGUAAUAAAAACAACAAAGAGCACAACAUAAGCGACAUCAAACAAACAAAUGGUUUGUGGCAGAUGGUGUUGUUUGAACAAUGACUGAAUGUAUGAAUAAAUGACGCAGCAGGCAGCAAUGUCACAAAAUGGCUACAAAAAUAAAAUGAAAUGAAUGAAUGAGUGAAUGGACCGUUACUGAUACGCUAGUCAUUUAUGGCAAUUAUAAAUGAUAUUAAAUUGACAAAUAUUAUUUUGGUGCAGUUUUAAUAAAAAGAAAAUAAAUUGAAAAAAUUUAUAAAAAAUAUUCACAUUUAUAUUAAAAAACACACAAAC